AUGGGGCAAAAUGUCCAACAAGCCGUGCCAUUACCGGUUUACUCUGACGCACGUCCAGUCAUCCAUACUGUGGUUCCACCAGCUGCCUAUGCUAGGCAUAUUCCUCACUAUGAAGAUCAAAACCACAUGUAUCAGACUGUUGACUCAACCGUUGCUGGUGACGAAGUAAGGUUUGAGGAUUUCAGAGAAGUAAAGGAGAACAUGCAGCUCCUUGAGAAGAAGUUCCGAGAUUUAGAGGGAGAUCACGUCUUUGGAUCUGCUGCCAAAGAAAUGUGCCUUGUAUCUGGGUUGGUGAUUCCAGCAAAAUUCAAAACUCCGGACUUCGACAAAUACAAGGGGCAUACUUGUCCAAAGAGCCAUCUCAUCAUGUAUUAUCGAAAAAUGGCUGCACACGUGGAGGACGACAAGUUGAUGAUCCACUGCUUUCAAGACAGCUUAAGUGGGGCUUCUUCCAAAUGGUAUCUAAGUCUGGAUCAGAAUAGGAUCAGGAGUUUCCAAGACCUGUCAGACGCGUUCAUAAAACAUUACAAAUAUAAUAUGGACAUGGCGCCUGACAGAAGACAGUUGCAGAGCAUGUUCCAGCAUGACAAGGAAUCCUUCAAGGAAUAUGCUCAAAGAUGGAGGGAGCUGGCUUCACAAGUUGAACCACCUUUGGCUGAGAAGGAAUUGGCUGAACUGUUUAUCGACACGGUCCAACCCCAAUUCUAUGAGAAGAUGGUUGGAAGUGCUUCCCUGGGAUUCUCGGAGCUUGUGGCUAUAGGAGCUCGCGUUGAAUAUGGUGUAAGGAAUGGCAAACUAGCGGCUGUAGUUGGAACUUCAAAUGCCAAUCAAAAGAAGUUCUCUGGAGGGUUUCCCAGAAAAAAGGAAGGGGAAACAAAUGUUGUGACUGCUGGUCAAGGAAGAGCUCCUCCAAGAAGGAGACCACAACAAUAG